UAGGAGCUUACACAUACAACAGUUUUUUGUUAAAAAAAUGACAAUUAGUGUCUAAUGUUAACAUAGUAUCAUCUAUAGAAAUUUUUUGGGACUGCACAAAUUUUUUUAACCCAUGAAGCUAUGGGUAGGAGUGGCAACCAUAACAUUUAGUCUUAUUAAAGUUGCACAUGACGAUCCAAUGUCGCUACGUAUAGGAUAGCAGCAUUUUAUUUAGCUAAAAGAGCGUUCCUAUUGUCUUCUCCGCAAUUAGUAAUCUUGACGCACCACCCACAUUUUAUGCUGAGAAUGCCAAAAGUUCUAUUUGUGCAAUCUAGAUUUUGUUCUCUUAUUUUAUUUCUUCCAAUCUAUUUCUGGGGAAAUUGUGUGAGAAAAUGGCAAAAGCACACUUUUUCUUUUGACAUUAGCCUUAUGAUGAACAGAUGCUUUGGGGAACCCUAUGUAGGAAAGUUUCACGAAUUAUCGUUAAUUGUGAUCACGAAUAAUUAUAACUUUCUAUCAUUCACUUUGACUUUGUUGUAAUCUUAUGGUUUGUAUCGAUAGAUUAAUAACCAUCAUUGUUGUAGUAUUAAAUCGAGAUAAGCAUAAGAACCCAUCUAGAUCCUUAACAUGUAUUGUUGAUAGAUCAAAUGACUUUGCAAAGUAUUAAUAUCUGAAAAAAGAACCAAUCAAAACUUCUGCGCGAAUAUAACCAUAAAGGACCAUUGCCGGGCAAUUCACAAUCUACUCAAUCCACGUGGGAAUUUUCCCUUCAUCAGAACAGUCAUAGAUCAAAG